AUGUCGAAUCAAGGAGCGGCCGGCACUUCGCCAGCAGAGCUCAAAUCCCGUUCAACUAUUCCACGUAGCUUCAGUGAGGCAGUUCUCCCGCCCAACAUGGCUAAGACUCAUGCUGCCAAUAACAACAUGGGCGUGGAAUACGUCCUCAUAUUUCGCUUCUCAGCUACAGAAAAGGAAGAGUCUGCUAAGACAUUUGAGCAGCUUGUACACAAGUUGGCUCGAGUCGGUCUGGCCACAGAAGUCCGUCAGGGCGAAGACCACACUCUAAUGGUUUUCAUCAAAAUCGCCAGCCUCGAACACGUCUACGGUGAAGUCUACCGAAGUCGAGUGCGGGACUGGAUCCACGGUGUUCGCUUGACUGAACCAGCUCAAGAUGUCGAAGCAUCACUCAAUGAAGAUCCACUGACGGAUGCAGAGCGACUUCUGAUCAUAUACCAAUUGAUUACGAACGACGAAAAGGACGGCGGUGCUGGCAUUCGCCCCAAGACCAAACGAUGGCCUCAGGUGGAAAGCAUCUUUGCGCUUCACGAUCAUGUCUACAACAAGCACUGGCUUCAGAAGUGGUCCACCAACUGGCAACUGAAUAUCGAAGACCUUGACGAGAUUCGCAACAAAUUUGGCGAGAAAGUCGCAUACUACUUCGCAUUCGAGCAAACUUAUUUCAAUUUUCUGAUCUAUCCUGGUGUCGGUGGAUUCCUGGCUUGGCUCCUGCUCGACUCAUUCAGUCCGAUCUUCGCUGUGCUCGCAUGCUCCUGGUGCGUCAUCUUUGUGGAAUGGUGGAAGCAUCGUGAACGCGAUCUGGCAUUGCGAUGGGGUGUUCGCGGCGUUAGCAAUAUCGAAAGCAAACGCGACGAAUUCGAAGCAUCUCAUGAAAUCGAAGAUGUCGCCACGGGUGAGAAACAGAAAACUUUCCCAGCGUGGCAACGCCUACAACGACAAGCUCUACAGCUGCCAUUCGCCAUAUGCGCUAUCGCUGUGUUGGGAAGUCUCAUCAUCCUCUGCUUCGUCAUCGAGAUUUUUAUCGGAGAGGUCUACGAUGGCCCUGGAAAAUCCGUACUAACAUACCUUCCUGUAAUCAUAUUGACAACAUGCAUGCCUUUCCUUACUAAUGCUAUGACCGGUUUGGCGACACGACUGAAUGACUACGAGAAUUACGAGACGGCAUCUCGAUACGAGAGCGCCCUGACGGCAAAGCUAUUCGUGAUGAACUUCAUCACUUCUUAUCUGGGCCUCAUUCUGACCGCGUUCGUCUACGUCCCAUUCGGCAAACUCCUCAUACCUCACCUCGAUGUCGCCAAUGUCGUCGCACGAUCAUACACAGAUGGUAAAGUUCCGCUCGAGAAAAGCCUGGAUUUGUACGACAUCAAUCCCGAUCGGUUACGAAAACAAGUCAUCUACUUUGCUGUGACAGCCUCGAUUGUCAACUUCGCCACGGAAGUCGUUGUGCCGUACUUUAAGCGCCAAGGUACUGUGAAGUUCCGUGAACUGACUGCAUCUCGCAAAAGGUCGGGUUCCAAAACCGAGCCAUCAGCCUCAGCGAACGAUGUUCCCGAGGAGCGCGAAUUCCUCGCUCGAGUCCGUAGUGAAGCUGAGCUCACCACAUACGACGUUCAAAGCGACCUUCGCGAGAUGAUCAUCCAAUUCGGCUAUCUCAGCUUAUUCAGCGUGGUUUGGCCGCUCGUACCUGUGAGCUUCUUGGUCAACAAUUGGUUUGAGCUUCGUGCAGAUGCUUUCAAAAUCUGCUUGGAGAUGCAACGACCAACACCAGCUCGGGCAGACUCCAUCGGGCCAUGGCUUGAUGCUCUGGAGUUUCUAACCUGGCUCGGAAGCUUGACCAUGGGAGCUCUCACCUACAUGUUCUCCAACGAUGGUGUCGGACCGGAUGGCAGUCCAUACACAAUCAAAGGCUGGGGUCUGCUCCUCUCGAUCUUCUUGAGCGAGCAGAUUUACCUCGUCUCCCACAAAGUGGUCCGCUACGCCAUCUCCAAAAUCGACUCGCCCGGUCGACAAAAGGAGCGCCGCGCCCGCUACCUCGUGCGCGAGCAGUUUCUCAGCCAGAGUCUCGGCAAGCUGGCACGUGCUCCGACCUUCUCGGAAGUUGACGAUGAGAAGGAUGUCACCAUCACACGCGAGUCUCUCGAGGAGGAACAGCGCCAGAGCACUCUCAGCACAUCCACGCCUGAGAAAAAAUUCUGGUCUCGCCAGCAGGGUUGGCGCGAGACCGCAAAAGUUGGUCAGGCUUACAUCACUCAAUCGCAGCCGAACGAGAAGGAGUCCGCACAGCAGAAGAAGGAGCUUUGA